AUGUCUCAAAAUGUAGUUGGAGAUAUAAAUGGUUCUGAAGAAUCUUAUUACCUUUUAUUUCAACCGUUGUUAACUCUUCUUAAUCCUAAUUUUUCAUCAUUACAAUUUCAUGAUACUUCUAUUAUAUCAUAUUUAUCAGAGUUAAUAGAAUCUUCUAUUUCUGAAUUAUCAGAAAAACAAAAUGAAUUAAAUAUUAAAGAUAGAAAGGCUACAUAUGACCUGGUUGAAAUUAUGCAAAAGGAAUAUGAUCAUUUUAUCACAGUACUAAAUUAUAAAAAUUCUUUUUCUAGAUCUUUUAAUAUUCUUGAUGAAUCUGUUAAUAAAAUUCAAACAACAAUUACAUCUAUUAAUGAAAAAGUCUUAAAUUUUGAGUCUUUAAAAGAUGGGUUUAACGAAAUCCUUACUGAGUUUCGUUUAUUACAUCAAUAUCAAGAAUAUAUUUUAAAUUUAUUUGAAAUUCCAUCUUUAAUAGAGACUUGCAUAAAAAACAAUAACUAUUCAGAGGCAAUAAAUCUUAUAUCUUAUGGAAAAAAAUUGGGGGAUGAAUAUUUUCAAAUAGAUAUAAUUCAAGAUUUAGUAAAACAAGUUAAUUAUAUGUCUGAAUAUUUACAAAGACAAUUAUUAUUACUUCUUAAGGGAACAAUAAAAUUGACAGAAGCUAUCAAAGUUAUUGGUUAUCUUCGUAGAACAAAUGAAUUUUUAGAAAUUGAAUUAUGUUAUAUAUUUUUAUUAUCUCGUUGGAAUUAUAUGGAUGGACUUAUUUCUAAUUUGAAUUCGUCUAAUAAGGAUAAUCCUGAAAAAUAUCUUAAAGAAUAUAUAGGGAUAUUCAGAGAACAUAGUUUUAAUAUAUUUUCAUAUUAUACAUUGAUAUUUUUAAAAGAGGAAUCUGUAUUUUAUGUAUUUUCAGAAAAUUCAGAAAAUAGUAUUUCAACGAAAAAUAAUGAUAAUUUGAAUGAAAAAAUAUCAAGAAGAAGGAUGCUUUCAAAUUUUGCAUUACAUAUGGUAUCUGAGUUAAAAAAUACAUUGGCUAAAUAUAUUCCAUAUAUUUCUGACAAUGAAGUAAAAGCAUUAAUACUUAAUCGUAUUUUACAUUGUGGACAAAGUUUAGGAAGGAUCGGUGUCGAUUUUAGUUUGGCAUUAGUUGAUAUUUUUGGUGAUGAAUGGACUGAUCUUAUUAAAAAUCAUGAAAAUAUGAUGAGAAACUUAGAGACGAGUAUAGAAAUAUAA